AACAUCUCUAGGAACUGCAGCCUUGACCCCGAUGGAUGGGGAUUUGUAUUGGGUAUAUCUGUGUGGAUAGAGAAAACUUGCAGACAAACCAAUCUCCACUGUUUAAUUUAAUGGAGAAAAUCUAACCUCACAUCACAAGCCACCUACAACAGCAGCAAUAUUUAACUCACGUGAAGCCAUCUCAGCUGCCUCUCACAUGCCCACAACAGAACAGGAAAAGAAACAAGCAAAAAAGAAAUGACCCGCUAUUUCAAAUUGUAUAGCAACUAGAAACCUUUUUCUUAUUUUCUUCUGUAUGCCCUUUCCUUUAAUUUUUGGUCACCCUUUAUCAAAAUCUUCAGCUUUUGCUUCUUUUCUUUAUCUUUCUUUCUUUUCUUUCUUUCUUUCUCUGUCCCUAUGGGUUGUUGUGAUGUGUAUGUUGGCAGUGGCAGCAGCAAAUCUUGUUGCAGUGUUGUAUUAAGACAUUAUGGGUGUCUUGCAAUAUUUUGUUUAGUGUUGUUGUUAGAGACCCAGAUAGCAACUUCAGCUUUGAUAAUGAGCAUGAGGAACCACCACAAGAAGCACAACAACAGAAGACCAAUGCUGCAAGCUAAUCAGAGCACCUGUGCAUUGUUUGUGGGCACUUGGGUUAAAGAUGACACUUACCCUCUUUACCAAUCUUCACAUUGUCCAGUUAUUGACCCUCAAUUUAAUUGCCAAAUGUACGGCCGACCUGACUCUGAUUACCUCAAGUAUAGAUGGCAGCCUCUCAAUUGUGAGCUCCCAAGGUUCAAUGGGGUGGAAUUUUUGCUCAAAAUGAAAGGCAAAACAGUGAUGUUUGUUGGUGACUCCCUUGGGAGGAAUCAAUGGGAGUCUCUGAUUUGUUUGAUUUUAGCGACUGUGCCUUCAACAGCUGCUACCCAAAUGAGCAGAGGAGAUCCUUUCUCCAUCUUCAAGUUCUUGGAUUAUGGAGUGUCCAUAGCGUAUUACAAAGCUCCAUAUUUAGUAGAUAUAGAUGUGGUGCAAGGGAAAAGAAUCCUAAAGUUGGAGGACAUUUCGGGCAACGCAAAUGCGUGGAGACACGCAGAUGUUUUGUUGUUUAACACUGGUCAUUGGUGGAAUCAUCAAGGCUCUCUUCAAGGGUGGGAUUACAUGGAAUCAGGAGGCACAUAUUACCAAGAUAUGGAUCGUUUGGUUGCUUUGGAGAAAGCAUUAAGAACAUGGGCCAAUUGGAUCGAUUCCAAUAUUGACACUUCUGCUACUACCCUCUUUUUUCAAUCCAUCUCUCCCACACAUUACGAUCCUAAUGAAUGGAGUGCCGGGGCGGCGGUGACUACAACAAGAAACUGCUAUGGAGAGACGACACCAAUGAGUGGAACAAUGAACCCAGGAGCAUACCCUGAUCAAAUGAGGGUAGUGGAUAAUGUGAUUAGGCACAUGCAAACUCCUACGUACCUGUUGGACAUCACAAUGCUCUCAGAACUAAGAAAAGACUGCCACCCAUCAAUUUAUAGCGGUGAUCUUAGCGCCGAUCAAAGGGCAAACCCUGGCCGUUCUGCUGACUGCAGCCACUGGUGCCUCCCUGGAUUGCCUGAUACUUGGAACCAAUUGUUCUACACUGCCUUGUUUUUUUAAGCCUAAUGCCAUGUAUUAACAGUCUUUUCUUUACUAACUGCCUAAUACCUAUUACGAGAGGAUGCGUAAUAGCAACCCUCAGAAUUCAAUUUUAUGAUUAUAUUGAUUGUUGGGUUAGAGAAGAAGUGUAGUUUUUGUGCUAAUUAACCUGUAAAUGAUAUUAUUUGCCAUUAGAAAUAAGAUUUAAGUAUCUUAUUUUCA